UACUAUUUUUAGCCUGUGGUAAUGCUAUUGGUUCUCAAAUUCCUCCCUACUUUAUUUUCAAGGGACAGAGAAUGAGGAGUGAGUUAAUGGAGGGGUCAUCACCAGGAGCACAAGGCACCGUUACAGACAGUGGCUGGUCGAAUACUGCCAUUUUUCUUGAGUAUCUGGAAACUCACUUUCUUAAAUAUGUACAGAGACCCAAUAGUGAAACACCUGUUCUAAUCAUUUAUGAUGGUCAUAAGUCACAUAUAAAUCUUCAAGUUAUCAACUGGGCAAAAGAUCAUCAUGUUAUCCUAAUGGUAUUGCCAGCUCAUACAAGUCAUAUUCUACAACCUUUAGAUGUUGGAUGUUUUGGCCCUCUCCAAAGAAUAUACAAUUCUGAAUGUCAAAAAAUUUUGAGGAACAAUCCAGCAUCUAAAAUUACAAGGUACAAUAUUUGUUCCUUGGUGUGUCCAGCAUAUACUUCAGCUCUGUCUGUUGUAAAUCUAAGGUCAUCAUUUAAACGCAGUGGUAUAUUUCCUUUUAACCCUGCUGUUAUUACAGACAGUCAACUGGCACCAUCUAAGGCCUAUUCAACACCACAGUCUGAAUCAUGCUCCUCAUCUGAUUUACCUCAGCCAGCGUGUUCUACUGAAAAUCAGAACCAAAUUUCAAAAGAACCACAUUCAUUCUUUAAAGCUGCAGAGACAGUAAUAGUAAAUAAACAAAGGUUUGAACAAAAGACAAAACACGCUACUUUGAGUAAAAUUGUUUCUGGGAAAUCAGUUACAACUUCUGAAAUUGAAAAACAAAUUACUGAUCAUCAAAAUGAAAUGAGUUCAAAAUAUUCAAAAUCAAAAACUAAAAGGUCUGCAAGUGGCAAAGGUAAAACAAAUAAGGUACAUAAACGUCAAAAAGUGGUUGAUAGCUCUGACUCUGAAGAUUCUUCAGAUGUUUCAGAUGAUGAGAAAUGUUGUGUUUGUAAACUUUUCAACCAAAAGAACUACAAAACUGUGUUUCUCUGGUGUUCACUUCAUGGGCUCAAUGUGACUUCCAGUCUUGCAAUCACUGGACACAUCUAAAGUACUGUUGCAAAGAGACUGUAGUUAGGACACAUGAUGUCUUCAUCUGUCCAUGCCAUAACACUGAAAAUACUGAGGAAUAAUCCAUAUAAGAAAUAACACUACAAGUUCAAACAGUUUGUUUUAAAUUUAAUGUUUCCAGUUAUUUUUAUAUUGUUACAAGACUUUUGGGUAGUGACUGUACAUGUGGUACUCUUCAAUUUUGGAGUCUCGAAUACAUGUAUACGUCAAUUUUUUUUCUGGAAGGACAGAUUUAUAUAUGACUUUUGUGGAAUAUUUUCAAAAGGAAUAACAUUGAUUAAAUAAUUGAAAACAUGUGAUUAACAAGAAAAUAAGUUAAAUUAAAGGUAAGGCUAUAUUUUUUUGUAUUUCUGUUCGUUUUUUACUAAAGAAAAUUGCCAAAAAUAUCUUGUCGUAUCGAAAACCCGUCAAUCCAGGAUAAAAUGGUUUCCUGCGGGGAACAUAAUGAUAUAAAGAUAUUUCAUUUAACUAUUUUCAACAUUGUUGGUGGGGGGGGGGGGGGUAAAUAAACGUUUGUACAAGGAAUAAAGUUGCCAAUAAUGACCGUUGAAGACCUGAGACCGGAGAAGGUCGAACAUAAAACAAUUAUUUCUUUUAAGAAAAUGAUUAAAUAUCAUUUUCUGAAUAAUUCCGAGCAAAAAAAUUAAGUAAACACACAAGCUUACGCAUUUAGUAUGGCAGAUGCCACUACGAAUAUUUUAAUAUUGUAGAUUUUCAGUAUAAACAAUUUAUUGUUUGUAAUAUUUGAGAUAGAUAUUAAAGAAACAUUGUUAAUUUUAUACAUAUCAUUCAAGUUUUUCCACCUUAAACGGUAAAAUAACUAUAGAAAAUUAGAAAUAUCACGUAGGUGUAAUUCGGACUAAUUCCCUAGAGGUAAAUCCGUAACGUACCGGCAAACGGUAUUUAGCUAGGUUUUCGAAAAGGUCAAUUAACCAAUCAAUUACGGUUUACAGAUCACAUGCUUCCCCAUGUACCGAAAACAGGUCACAUGCUCCUCCAUGCCUCAAAAGUUAAACGCGUACCAAUACCCUGCGGUCUACAGACCGCAGGGACUAAUAAUCGACCGCAUCAUUACUCGUUAUUCAAUGACAUGUAAUAUCUUAAUAAUUAUGCGGGU